AUAUCUAGCUUUAAACCAAAUUCACAAUUACCUCCAUCACGCUUCAAUUUGAAGUAGUAGUACGACUCAUGGGAUAAAAAGAUGUUAUCCUGUAUCUGCCUAUCAAGAACAAAAGCAUUCUGGUUCUGAGAAAUUAGCUUACAGAGAAAUUGCAUAAGGCGAUUUGCCAGAGGCUUUGACAAAAUCUUGUAUGAGUUAUUACAGAGACUGAUAGGCCGGAGCUGAGAGGGUUUCCUAGCCAUCAACCUCUUUUUCAUCUAAGAGGCGACAACGGCUUUAGCUUCCGUCCAUCUCCCCUAUCGCGAUGUCCAUCUCCCCCAUCACGAUGUCCAUCUCCAGCUAUCGCUUCCAUUCCUUUAGUUCUCCAUCAUCAAUAGCAUAUCCUCUAUGGAGCAAGACAACCUCUCUCAAAAUACUAUUUCCAAGCCUUCGAUUGCUCCAGCGACGAUGCUUUGGUCUGAAUUUUGUAUACUUGGUGUCGCUGAAGGCGCGCCGAUCAAGAAAGAUCAUCCCCAAAACAAGGCUCUCCUCGUCAAUCUGAUUUCAAUCAAUUUUGGUGAUUGGUGUCGCUGUUUGGGCGGCGCUACUAGCAGUCGGCUCUACAGUGGAGAUGCAGCACAUUAGCACUCCCAAUAAUUGCACGGUGGCCCUCCAUUGCAGUCAAGCUUGCCUAAAUCUAAAAAGGUACAUGCUGAUGAAGUUUUGAGCAUGUUGUACUCAGGAAAACCUCCUAGCCCUAGCUUGAAAGGCAAGGAGAAGAUGUAUUUUCUUUUAUGUUUCUUAACUAUGUAUUAGAUUAUGUCAUAGUUAUAUGCUCGCUUUAAAUUUGUGAGCAAUAAGUUUGAAUAUAGGUUUGAAUAAGUUGGUUUAUCCCUAUAUAAGUUUGAAUAAAUUGGUUUAUCCCUAUAUAUCAUUGUGGUCUUUAUCACGAAUUCUUGUUCUGUCCCUUGUGAGAUAGCGAGAGAGUAUACAAUGACCUUCUUAACAUGAGUCUUAUCGAUGAAACUAUCAUCUAUUCAAAAACAAGGUCAUGCUUUCACUCUCAAUUAGAGUUUCAUUUUGAACCUUAAUCGCGAAACUAAACAAGGAAAUUUUUUUUUUUCCCAAUUGGAAAAAUGUAACCUUUCAAUUAUUAGAGCAAGUGCACCGGUGCUCUUUUGCCCGGGCACCACCUCAGCAUUCCAUGAUUUUGACUGGGCAAGCUCCAUUUUUCCUCUCCACCGGGCCUGUUUUGCCUGGGCAGGAUUUGCCUUUGUUUGACCAAGGGCAAGAAAAAUGUCAAGCCCAUGCCUUUUUCUUUGCCCAGGCUUGGCUUGCUGCCACCUUGGCCUGCAGCAGAACAUGGCUGACAUCACAAUGGCUGCGCAGAAGGAGACGCGACAGAGAGACAGCGUGAAGAGCACGGGCGAAUGGUGUGCUGCCACGUCCAGUACAGUAAAAAAUGAACAGUAAAACGGUGAACAGUAGACAUGAACAGUAAAACGGAACACUAAGUCAGAACAGUUAAAUCCACUAGGUGAACAGUGGAUUAUGUGAACAGUAAAUGUGAACAGUGAAAAGGAGUGAACAGUGUUGACCGGGCAAGAAAACAACGGGUGCAAACCCAUGUCCAGUGGCAGUGAAUAGUAACUUGACCGGUCGAAUUCUUGACUUCUCGACUUUGUCUUUUCUUGACUACGGGUGCACUUGCUCUUAACUGUAAUAAAAAUUGAUGAAAGGUUUAAAAAAUCAGGUAUUGUCAGCAAACCAGCACAAAGCACGUAGAUCAGCUGGUCGCCUGGUCCCGACCCACCCAAAACCUCACGAACCAUUUCCCAAAACGCAAAAAACAUGAAAACGAGGUCCCACCCACGUUCCAAUUCCAUGAAACAACUAUUAUACUCUUACUCAUACUUAACGGGACCGUCACAAAGACGUCACGGCGGCCCUGACCUGUUCCGUCUAAACGCCUGGUCUCUCUGUCUCGCCCCUCCCCUCCUUCUCUAACGUCGUCGUUCCCUUCAACCCCCGGUAACCGUAACGUCCGCUCCUUCUCUCUCUCUCUAAUGGCCUCCUGUGACGACGACUUCUCUCUCCUCGGCAGUAACGACUCAAACCCUAACCACCGCAACCCUCAUGCGCCUCCCAACUCCCACCGCAUUCCCCAGCCCUACGCGCCUCGCUUCGCCACCCGAACUACCCCGCCCGUGGUCACCGUCUCAAGCGGCGACAAGGCCAACGCCGGAGAAGAUCAGGACGACGGCGAGGACUACGGAGACGCCGCCGCGUUCUGUUCCAACCCCUUCGACAGCGGCACGGAUCAGAACGACGUCGCGUCGAAGAGGAAGGACCAGUCCGAUGAGCUCAGCGACGGAGCCGGCGGCGGUGGCGGAGGAGGUUCGUACACCAUCAUCAGGAGAUCGAAAUCCUCGGCCGUGGCCGCCGGAGAGUACCGGAAGGAUCGCGAGGAGUGGAGCGACGGCGCGAUCGCUUGCCUUCUCGAUGCGUACAUGGACAAGUUCACGCAGCUGAAUCGGGGAAAUCUGAGAGGCCGGGAUUGGGAGGAGGUGGCCGUGAUCGUGAGCCAGAGGUCCGAGAGGCAAACCAAGAGCGUCGAACAGUGUAAGAACAAGGUCGAUAAUUUGAAGAAGAGGUACAAGCUCGAGAGGCACAGGAUGACCAAUUCUGGAAAUUCGCCGAGUCAUUGGCCUUGGUUCAAGAGAAUGGAGCAGAUCGUCGGCAAUUCGCUUCCGGCGAAGGCCACCUCUGAUGAUGACAGAGGCGUUACUUCCUCGGGUCCCACGCCUCAGAAAUCAAAGAGAAAUGCAAGUGCAAUUACUAGUCCUGUGACUCAGAUAAACAAGCAGCCGAAAUUCAGUCUUAAAUGGCGAAGAGUGGUGUUCAAAGUCAGUGGUGCUGCUCUAGCUGGCACUGCUGCUAACAACAUUGACCCAAAGAUAACAAUGCUGAUUGCGAGAGAAGUUGCAAUGGCCUGCCGCAGUGGGGUGGAGGUGGCAAUUGUUGUUGGUGGUCGCAACUUCUUUUGCGGAAAUACGUGGGUGAAUGAAACAGGUUUAGACAGAAGUACUGCAUACCAAACUGGCAUGAUGACCACUGUAAUGAAUUCGAUAUUGCUCCAGUCAGCAUUUGAGAAGAUGGCAAUCCAGACUCGUGUUCAAAGUGCAUUUUCUCUGCCAGAGCUUGCUGAACCAUACAAUAGGCAACGGGCCAUCCGGCAUCUUGAAAAAGGCAGGGUUGUAAUAUUUGCUGGAAUUGGUGCUGGCACUGGAAAUCCACUCUUUACGACUGACACAGCUGCGGCACUUAGAGCUUCAGAAAUCCAUGCAGAGGCAGUACUCAAGGGUACCAAUGUUGAUGGUGUGUAUGACCGCAAUUCUCAAGACAAUAAUUUUACGUUCCAGCACAUCUCUUUUAGGGAGUUGGUCACCAGAGGUGAGCACAACAUGGACACAAUGGCACUAACCUUAUGUGAGGACAACAGGAUUCCAGUUGUGAUCUUUAAUCUACUAGAGACUGGAAAUAUAUCAAAAGCACUUCGUGGAGAACAAGUUGGUACCCUGAUUGAUCAGGUUGGAAGUAUGAGUUAAUGUUUAUAAAACUCAGAGCUGUUGUAUCGUUAGGUCAGUAGCCCUAGGUAGUUGUCAAGUUAGGAGUAUUCGUGGUUGCUGGGCUACUUGCUGAGAUCCUUGGCAAAACGAUUGGUCACCUGACUACAUGCAGAGGUAGAGUAUAGAUUCUAACUAUUGUAACAUUAGCUAGUAAUUGAUGAUUACUUGAUUAGUGAUCAUGUUUAAGUUAUGCAAUUUAAGGUGGUGCUAGUGUUUAUUGUUCUGUAAAUGGUAUGAACUUGGUGAUGAUAUUACUUGGAGAAGAUUGUUGAUGCAGAUGAGGAUAGCUUCUUUAUUGGUACAUUUGGUAUGUAAACGGCUACAUAUGGUUCGAAGUUAUGAUUCAUGAAAGACUGAAAUUAUUGUUGUACUUCUGUGUAAACUUUAAAUCCUAUAAAUGCAUCUUGGAACUCCUAGAUUGCCUUA